AUGUCGGAACUCCCUUGCGUUGAGAUGACAAACUGGGAAAAGGGACAUUACAUCAACUACAAGAAAAUGUCGGAAAACCUCUCAGUUGUCCGCAGCAGACUCAACCGACCUCUUACAUACGCCGAAAAGAUUCUGUAUUCUCACCUUGAUGAUCCCCACAACCAGGACAUCGAGCGCGGUGUUUCGUAUCUCAAGCUGAGGCCAGACCGGGUGGCAUGUCAAGAUGCAACUGCGCAAAUGGCUAUCCUUCAGUUCAUGUCGGCAGGCAUGCCUUCAGUCGCUACGCCAAGUACCGUUCACUGUGAUCACUUGAUCGAGGCCCAGGUUGGUGGAGACAAGGAUCUUGACCGAGCGAAGAGUAUCAACAAAGAAGUGUAUGAUUUCUUGUCAACCGCCUGUGCCAAGUACAACAUCGGUUUCUGGAGACCAGGCUCUGGCAUCAUUCAUCAGAUCAUCCUCGAAAACUACGCCUUCCCUGGUGGUUUGAUGAUCGGUACCGACUCCCACACUCCCAAUGCUGGCGGUCUGGGUAUGGCUGCCAUCGGUGUCGGUGGCGCUGAUGCUGUCGAUGUUAUGGCGAAUCUUCCAUGGGAACUUAAAGCUCCGAAAGUCAUUGGUAUUAAAUUAUUGGGCGAGCUGUCUGGAUGGACUUCGCCAAAGGAUAUCAUUCUCAAGGUUGCCGGAAUUCUUACAGUCAAGGGUGGAACUGGAGUACUUCUAACAUUCUAUCACUCUACAGGUCCUGGUGUUGACAGCCUCAGUUGCACUGGCAUGGGCACGAUUUGCAACAUGGGAGCUGAGAUUGGCGCUACCACUUCCCUUUUCCCCUUCAACGACCGGAUGUACGACUACUUGGCUGCUACUAGGCGCCAGCACAUUGGAGACUUUUCUCGAAGCUACGCUGCUGAGCUUCGCGAGGACGAAGGUGCCGAAUACGACCAGUUGAUUGAAAUCAACCUCUCGGAAUUGGAGCCUCACAUCAACGGGCCGUUCACCCCUGAUCUGGCUACCCCAAUCUCCAAGUUCAAGGAGGCCGUUAAGGAGAACAACUGGCCCCAAGAACUCAAGGUCGGCUUGAUUGGUUCCUGCACCAACUCCUCAUACGAGGACAUGGCAAGAGCCGCAAGCAUUGCUCAAGAUGCCAUGGACCAUGGCGUCAAGGCCAAGGCGUUGUUCUGUGUUACCCCUGGAUCCGAGCAAAUCCGUGCCACUAUCGAGCGUGACGGUCAGCUCAAGACAUUCGAAGACUUUGGAGGUGUGGUCUUGGCCAAUGCUUGCGGUCCUUGCAUCGGUCAAUGGGACCGAAAGGACGUCAAGAAGGGCGAACCAAACUCCAUCAUUUCAUCCUACAACCGAAACUUCACUGGUCGUAAUGACGCAAACCCUGCCACCCACUCAUUUGUGACGUCUCCAGAUCUCACCGUGGCCAUGACCAUUGCUGGAGAUCUUGGCUUCAACCCUCUCACCGAUACCUUGAAGGACAAGGAUGGCAAUGAGUUCAAGCUCAAGCCACCCUCCGGUGAUGCUCUUCCACGAAACGGAUACGACCUCGGCCGUGACACCUACCAAGCACCACCUGAGGAGCGUUCCCAGGUUGAGGUCAAGGUUUCCCCUACUUCCGACCGUCUGCAGGUUUUGCAACCUUUCGAGCCUUGGGAUGGAAAGGACUUCAAGGAUCUCCCUAUUUUGAUCAAGACAAAGGGCAAGACCACCACCGACCAUAUCUCCAUGGCCGGUCCUUGGUUGAAGUACCGUGGUCAUCUUGACAACAUCUCUAACAACAUGUUGAUCGGUGCCAUCAAUGCUGCGAACGGUGAAGCGAACAAGGUCAAGAACUUCAAGACUGGAGAAUGGGAUGCUGUGCCAGCCACCGCUCGUCAAUACAAGAAAGAUGGUAUCAAGUGGGUUGUCGUUGGUGACUGGAACUACGGCGAAGGUUCAUCUCGAGAACAUGCUGCUCUUGAACCGAGACAUCUUGGUGGUAUCGCUAUCAUCACCCGAAGCUUUGCCCGUAUCCAUGAGACCAACUUGAAGAAGCAAGGCAUGUUGCCUUUGACCUUCUCCCAUCCCGAGGAUUAUGACAAGAUCAACCCGGAUGACAAGGUCGAUCUGCUCGUCACUGGACUUGCUGUCGGCAAGCCUUUGAUCAUGAAAGUCCAUACCAAGGAUGGCAAGACAUGGGACUGCGAACUCUCUCAUACCUUCAACGAGGGCCAAAUUGAAUGGUUCAAGAACGGCAGUGCUCUGAACACCAUGGCCAAGAAGCACGGCGCGAAAUAG